AUGUUAACCAAUACUCCUACAUGCAAUAAUACCAGAUUAUUGCGUAUGAAUAGAAUGACUCAAGAAGAACAAGUUUCAAACAUCACCUCAAAAUUGACAUGGGAAGAGCAUCGCAAUAUUAUUAUUGAAGCGAUUAAAAACGCUGAUUUUAUAGCUUUUGAUAUGGAAUAUACUGGAUUACAUUUGAAAGAUGAUAGAUAUGUUGGAAUUGAUAAGUGCUACGAGGCUCAUUCGGCAGGAGCAAAACAAUUUAUACCCUGUCAAAUAGGUUUAACUAUGGCAAAGUUGGAAAAUGGAGUAUGGAAUAUAACUCCGACGUCUAUAUAUACGUUCCCUAGUGAUAAUACUGUAUUUAAAGUUAACACAUCCACCAUAUCAUUUUUAAAGGAUAAUAAUUUUGACUUUAAUAGUUGGAUCAGAAAUGGUGUUUUGCACUUAAAACCACACGAAGAGCAAGAGAAAAAAAAGGUGAUAGAAGAAAGAUUGAAGGAGCUGCAGCAAAUGCUUGAAAUGUCAAAGAGCAACACUAAAUCUAAACCUUCAGUAAAACCUGUAAAGUUUAACAUGAGUACUAUACCAGAUGAAAAUGAUCGCAAUACAGCUAUAAGCGUCAUGAAUAAAAUCGAAGAAUGGAUAGAUUCUGAUGAUAUAAAACCACUGGAAAUACCAAUGGAAAGCGCUUUUCAAAGAUUGCUGAUGCAUACCAUCAUUGGACAGCAAUAUCCACAAAUUUUCUCACACUCAACUAGAAGAGGCAAUGACAAAGCCCUGUGUAUCUACAAAUCAGAAUAUGAGUUGUAUAAUGAACAGAUUUUACAGUUGAAGAGUGAAAUGGCCUCCGUGGAUGAGGAAGUUGGUUUGCGUUUGCUUUUGGAUGCUAUAUCUGCUAAUAAAAAGAUUAUAGUAGGGCACAAUUGCUUUUAUGACAUUCUCCAUAUCUAUCAGACCUUCUACAAGGAUCUCCCCGAGAGUGUCCAAGAGUUUAAAGAUGCGUGGAUAAGCAAGCAUCCUCAUACAUUUGACACAAAAUAUAUCGCAGAAAGUCAGGAUAUAUUUUCCAACAAUACUUCCACUACUUUGAAGGGGCUAUUUGAUCAUUUAUGUGCAACAGAAGUUGGCAAGUCUGUUGAAUUUGUAAUUAAACCACUUCCAAAUACCACAUGGAAUGUUCCUACGACUCUAUAUCCUCUUAUAUCCAAAAGAUAUCUAAAUACUUGUGGCGACCUUAUAAAUGACAUUAACGUAGACAGUGUUGCCAUGCAUGAUGCCGGCUAUGAUAGCUUUAUGACAAGUAUAGUAUUCAUACUGCAAGUAAAUGCUAUCCUACGUAGCAAAAAUACAACAAUUAAAAGUAUAUUAGAACAAAAUACCAAAGAAACACGCUAUGAAGGUGAACUACCGAGGGGAAAUCAUGGAAUUAAUAAACUAAUGAGCAUGUUGGAAGGCGUAGUAAAUUCAAUCAGGCUAGUAAAAUCACAACCGAAUGUUAUGAACCUAAACAAGAGCAGCGAAAAUGAUAUGGCGAGGCACUUUUACAUGUUUGGAUUUCCAAAUACAUGGAAGAAAUGGGAAAUCACAAAGAUAUGGUCGCCUCUGUGGAUCUCAAUAAGCUGGAUUGAUGAAACUUCAUGUUGGAUUAUCGUCAAAAACGAUGAUGAUGUAAGGAACAUCGACCUAAUCUAUCGCAUGAUGAGGAAUCCUCAAUUCAAACUAUAUACUUACCAGCAAUAUCUGCAAAAUAUAAAGUAA